UACAAGUGAACGUGGUGCUUUGAAAGAAGCAGAGAAUUCUACGCUAUGGCCAUGUGAGACAUGUCUCGGUUCUUGAGCUUCCAAUUCAGUCAGAUACCAUAUUAACAUGUUCUGCCUCCUCAAGAAUCUUCUCUGCUUCUCUCCUCUCUGUAUCCAGAUGCUUUGGUUGAAAGGAUGGGGUGCACUUACUCUGUGUAUAGGAAGAAAAAGGCAAGCUUCCCUGAAGUGGUGGUUUUUGUUCCAUCAACAAGAAUUCCAGUGCAAUCUGAUCUUCAAAGGGUGCUUAAAGGAGUAAUUCCAAGGGAUCUUGCUGAUAAAUUCACUUCUCUAAGGAAUCAGAUAGUGUUGGUAGCAGAGGAUACUGGUGGGUCAGCUAUAGCUGAAUUGCGGCGAGCUUUGAAUGAAUAUUUGUCCGUUCUGAUUGGACUUACUAAGAAAGAGUAUGGUCUUGAAGGACUAAUAGAAUUCAAGUGGAAAAAUUUAGAAGAUGGGAGACAAGAGAGUAGUGUAGCAAAUACAUGGUUUGAGGUGCUAUCUGCAAUUCACCUUAUGGCUAUGCUGUCACUGUCUGAGGCUGACUCAUUGAUGAUUCCAAAGGACCCUUCAGGCUCUGGAUUCAGGGUUGUAUCUUCAGAUAGCAAGAGGGAAGCCAUUGAUUUGUUACUCAAGGCCUCAGGGUACCUGGAGUUUUGUGUAAGGGAUAUUCUUACUCGGAUACCUGCUGAAACCAAGAAAACUUUUCCCCACGACUUGCAGGAGGGUGUAUUGGAGGCUAUUACUAUUCAAACACUAGGCCAGGGAACUGAGAUUCAGCUUGGUCUUGCGGUGGAAAGUCAGAAGGCAACUUUGUCUGUUAAGAGGAGGUUGGCAUGUGAACAGCUGAUUUACUUUAGUCAGGCUUAUCACUGCUUGUCAGGAUGUGACUUCAAUCAAGUCCAAGGGCAUGGAAGGAAGCAUCUCAGAUUCAUCAAAUGGAAAUUCCUUGAAGCCAAGGCUGCAGCAUACUACUACCAUGGUCUGAUCCUUGACAAAGGUAAUGAACCAAGCAGUCACAUUGGUGCUGUCUCUUGUUUUCUUGCUGCAGAAGAACUUCUGGCUGAAAGCAAGAAGGCCUGCUUAAGCUUUUGUCUUGCAUCUCCAGUGACAAGGGCUCCUCCACUUUGGGGUGCUAUGAAAUUUCUACAUCAGAAAAUUCCUGAAGUUGCAUCAAGGAAGUCCCAGAUGUAUGGCUACCUCUGGGAGCAAGAGAAGGGUCUCCAAUCAUUGCCGGAGCUUCCUGAGUUUCAAUUAUCAUUACGUCCAGAUGACUAUGAACUGCCUGAAAUUGAUCCAGCAUGGGAUAGUAAAAACUGGGAAUCUCUGGGACAACCAUUGAAAGAGCACCUUAGAGAUAGUGAUGAGAAUCCAACUGAUCAUGAUUGAUAAACUUAAAUGGUCUUCUUUCUUUUCUAUUUGUAGUUGAACACCUGCUUGUUUGACAAACUCUUCUAUACAUGCUAACAUUAUUAUAGAAUAUGAAGGUCACUGUUCAUUAUAUUAUAUAAUCACUAGCUUAUCUCUACAGACAACAAUGAGACAUAUAGCCUUAUCAAUCAAAACCAAAUGGUUUUUGGA